AUGUGUUUUCCAGAGGGUUCCCUGAGAUUGAUAAGCAGCUACAGCAAGUGUGAAGGCCGGGUAGAGAUUUACCAUGAUGGAAAGUGGGGGACUAUUUGUGAUGAUGAUUGGGACCUAAGUGAUGCUCAGGUAGUUUGCAGACAACUGGACUGUGGGAGUGCUGUUUCCUCCCUGGGAAAUGCCUAUUUUGGAGAAGGCUCAGGACCCAUUGCAAUGGACGAUGUACAGUGUACAGGGAAUGAACACCAUCUUUGGGAGUGUUCCCACAGAGGCUGGUUCUCCCACAAUUGUGGCCACUAUGAAGAUGCUGGUGUCAUCUGCUCAGCCGCCAUCUUAACCGGAAGUCCUGAAGAUCAUAAAAUCAGUUGUGGGGGUAUCCUCGUCAAUCCUAGUGGAUCAUUUACCAGUCCAAACUAUCCUGAAAACUACCCCAAUCUCCUAAAUUGCAUCUGGGAAAUCAAAGCCGACAUUGAUUUCCAAAUCAGCCUGGUCAUUGAUGAUCUACAAUUGGAACUUGAAGAUGUAUGUAUUUAUGACUACAUUGAGGUUUUUGAUGGUUCAUUGGAUGGUGCUUCAUUUGGAAGAUUCUGCAAAGGUCCCAUUAGGACAUUGACAUCAAGCACCCACCAAAUGACAGUUUUAUUUAAAACUGAUGGCAGUAUCACAAAUCGAGGGUUUUCUGCUUCCUAUAGUACUAGCCACAAAGAUGGCACCUUGAGACUAGUAGAUUCCUCCAACAGAUGUGAAGGCCGGGUGGAGGUUUAUCACAGUGGACUGUGGGGGACGAUCUGUGAUGAUGACUGGGAUCUGCAGGAUGCCCAAGUAGUAUGUAGACAACUUGGCUGUGGGGCAGCUGUUUCUGCCCCAGGAAAUGCCUAUUUUGGCCAAGGAUCAGGACCCAUUGCCCUAGAUGAUGUCCAGUGUACAGGGAAAGAAUAUAAUCUCAUUGACUGUUCUCACAGAGGUUGGUUCUCCCACAACUGCGGUCACUACGAAGAUGCCAGUGUUAUCUGCUCUAAAGUCAAAUAAUAACUUUUUAAACUACAACCUAAACAAGUACUAAGAAAAAUUAUCUUCUAAGGAAAUAAUACU